AUGUUACGCGCCAAGCGCCAGAACACUCAGCCUUUGGAGGAUUCAUCUGUCGCGCCUGAAACUUUCACCGAUGGCCUCCCACUCCCAAAAUUGAUCGCAUUCGAUCUAGACUACACAUUGUGGCCCUUCUGGGUCGACACACAUGUCAGCGCCCCAGUCAAGGCCCGUGACAACAACUCACGUGCCGUGGACAGAUGGGGAGAGUCCUUCGCCUUCUACCCGGCAGUCUCGUCUAUAGUCUACGCCUGCAAACAUCGCUCCAUCCCACUAGCACUCGCAUCCCGAACUCAGGCCCCCGAUCUGGCGCGUGACAUGCUCAAAUCCCUGCAUAUUAUCCCCACCUUCUCCGAUAACCCCGCCGCGAACGCCAAGACCAUCCGUGCCCUCGAUUACUUUGAUUUUAUCCAGAUCUACCCCGGGAGCAAAACAUCGCAUUUUUCCAAGAUCCAACAGACGAGUAGUGUUCCUUAUGAGGAUAUGCUGUUCUUCGAUGAUGAGGCGCGCAAUCGGAACGUGGAGACGGAGCUAGGGGUCACAUUUUGCUUGGUCCGCGAUGGGAUGACCAGAGAUGAGGUCGACCGGGGCGUUAGAGCUUGGAGAAAACGAAAUGGCAUCAAACAAGAGACCGUGGAGGAAUCGUGA